UUGACAUGUGGACUGACAUGUAUUGACAUCGCGUGCAUGAAAAAUAAAUUAUUAUGCAAAUUAAAUAAUUAUCUUUGUAAUAAUACAAAAUUAAAGACACAGUGUUAUUAAAAUAUUAAACGUUUAGACCACAGCGAAAUAAUAAUGGCGGAAAAAUACAUACUAACACUAGAUAUAGGAACUACUACGAUACGUUCUUUUAUAUACAAUUCUAAAGCCGAAACUGUUGGAAGUGCUGUUGACCAGGUCAAAUUACACUAUCCAAGUCCGGGGUUUGUGGAAAUAGAUCCUGAGGAGUUAUGGAAAUCUGUAGUACAAGUUGUGUUAAUUUCAAUCAAAGAUGCCAAACUGUCGGCAGCACAAAUCACAGCAAUGGGCAUAUCCACACAGAGAAGCACAUUCAUCAAUUGGUCUCGGGAGACAGGCAAACCAUUCCAUAGAUUCAUCACGUGGAAGGAUCUCAGAGCCGACAAACUGGUCAAUCAAUGGAAUGAAUCUUAUACUUGGAAGCUAUUCAAGGCCGGCGCAUACGUCUUAUAUUUAAUAAUGAGGAGUCAGAAGUUUCGAGCCGGAAGUGUCCUUAAAUUCAUGAACACACAGACUACCUUAAGGCUAAGCUGGGCGUUACAAAACAUCGCGCCGCUGAAAGAAGCUGCGAAAAGGGAUGACGUCAUGUUCGGGACAUUGGACACUUGGCUGUUGCACAAACUUACAGGAGGCAAAAUUCACGUGUCGGACGUUUCAUCAGCGUCAGCCACUGGUUUCUUCGACCCUUUCUGCAUGGAAUGGGGCGGUUGGGCAUUAUCCCUCUUCAAAAUACCGCGCAGUGUACUACCCACCAUAGUGGACACGGCGGGCAAGCACUUCGGGACCACUACGCCUGAUAUAUGGGGGCAUGCGAUACCUAUCAUAAGCUGUAUGGCCGACCAAACAGCAUCGAUGUGGGGUUCCUGCUGCUUCGAAGUCGGAGACGUGAAGCUCACCAUGGGCACGGGCACCUUCUUCAAUAUAAACACGGGUUCCGUGCCCCACGCCAACGUGGCCGGUCUGUACCCCAUCGUGGGCUGGAGGCUGGGGGAUGAGCUGGUGUACUCUGCUGAGGGUUCUAACAACGAUACUGCCUCCAUUAUCAAGUGGGCUCAGAACUUAGGUCUGUUUGACAACCCUCAGGACUCAGCAAGCAUUGCUGAAUCAGUUCCAGACACCGAUGGAGUCUACUUUAUCCCAGCAUUCAGUGGAUUAGGGGCGCCAUAUAACGACGGCUCAGCGGCUUCAGGGUUCGUGGGCAUGAAGCCAUCGACGACUAAAGCGCACCUAGUGAGGGCAGUUUUGGAGUCUCUCGCGUUUCGAAUAGCGCAGCUGUAUUACUGCGUGCGCGAGGAGAACAACUAUCGGUUCAACAUUAUCAGAGUGGACGGUGGCGUGUCAAACAACGACUUCAUCGCACAGUUGGUGGCGGACCUGACCGGGCUGCGUGUGGAGCGGCCCGUGCACACCGAGAUGUCCUCACUCGGCUGCGCGCACGUCGUGGGGCUGCAACUAGGUAUAUGGAAAUCCAAAGCGGAGCUAAAAUCAAUGCGCACAGUUGCCUGCGUAUUCAAUCCACGGCCGCACGUCAGAAAAGCAUACGACGUCACAUUCACCCGCUGGGAGGACGCCGUGAAACGCAUGUGCGGUUGGUACACAGCUAACAAGUCUCAACAGAGUCUCUCCACAGUCUCAGACUCGAGUAGUAGUUCGGUAACCCCACAAAACAGCUUCAAGGUACCUUCGAGAAGAAACGGUAAGUACACAUAGCGGUGGCUUUUCUACUUGCUGGCGCUGCUCGUCGCGUGCCUGCCUAUAAUUAGGUGAUAUAUAUCUUGCCCUGAAGUUUUUAGAUUGAUACGUGAGGAUACACUUAACAGUGAUAACCCUAUUGACCCUAUAGGGCAAAUAGCACCAACCACAGUUAACAGACUGAUCAACGUCACGCAGCAGAGAUAUAUGAAACUUCCCAUACAAUAAAAUGUUGCGAAAGCUUUUAACGGUGACAGACGGUUUGGUGCAACCGACCCUCACUCUAUAGAGAGCAUUCCACGAAAUGGUCUAGCGUUAUUCCGUAAAAACGUGUAAUAUCUAAAGAUUUAUAGUUAUAGGAGUUUCUCAUUCUGUGACAAUGAAUGAUAUAUGAUAAAGAAUAUGCUCAGAAUAUAAUAAUCGACUUAAACCGCUGUUUUUUUUAAAUACGAAAUAAACGCGUUUGUACUGGACAACCCGUGGAAUUGCUUCAUUAGUACGUUUUUUAAGAUAUGCGAAUUUUACUAGGAUUUGUAAAAUUCUGACUAUUCUAGUUUUUUAGAUAUAGCGCAGUGCAGCGUAAGCUUACAUAUAAAGGGUCAUGCCGGAUUUUGCUGUUUUACACGUAGCUUGUAAGUGUUUUGAGGUUAUAAUAUAAGAAUAUACAGGCAAAUAUCAGCAGCAGUACCAUUUAAUCAUGUAAUUAGUUUUUUUAAAUUAAGCCUAUUCCUUUAAAAUUGAAGCGGUGGUUAGAGGCCGUCUUAAAUGUGAUAAUCAAUCAAUAUCAAACAUUUGUUGUCUCAAAAUUUACAGAUUAAGUAGAAGACAUUAUAUAUAAUGUAAAUUAGCCUAAACUAAAAUGAAAAUGCCCAUAUAACUAUGAAUGUUCGCUGUUAUCGAGUUGCCCACUAUUAUUGUACAUAUUGGGAUUAAUGGAUAAAUCAUCUUCACAAAACUAGGUUGUAUUGAGCUAGAUUUUAACUCUAAAAAUGCAGCUAAACAUAAGUCACUGAUAAAGAAAUGGGAGAAGUUGAUUGUGUGUACAGGGUCGAGUGGAGGAAACGAGGGGAGGCCUUUGCCCAGCAGUGGGACACUAAAUUAGGCUAGUAAAAAAAAAAUUGUGUGUUAGUGCAUUAAACGACUGUUCCCAAAUGGGAACAUGGAAUAGAUAAAUAUCUACAGAACGGAUUUACCGAUUGCCAUAAAGUAAAUAAAUAAAAAUAUACCAGCGAUGCUUCUAAGAUAUAUUUCCACUCACUGUGGGCGUUCCACAAUUUUUGUUUUCUUUUUUUAAGCGUUUAGAUAUGAAAGUACAAAUUGGAAUCGAAAGAGCACGUGAAUCUCAGGAGAAAUUAAAUAAAUAAAAAUCCGUAAAAUCGUAAACCGGCUUGUGUAGCAUUGGGUUUCUCCACGGGUUUUAUUAUUCUUACCAUAGGCUGUGCAAUUUACCAGUCAGGGCUUAAUGCUAUACUAAUAAAUAAUACUUACUGUGACAAUGCAGCUAGCUUGCUCACUUGGCCAAAACAUGACAGAGGCAUAACUAGAACUAGGAACACAUUUGUUUUUUAUAAACCCUGAUUUUUAAGUAGAUUUCGAGGUAUCACCGGAUUUGUCGAAGCCGAAUCGCCUUAUAAAAUACUGUAAGAACUAGAAUAGUCAAACCAAGGCGCCAUCUGAUCAAAGAAUCGAAUUUUCGUGAUUUUCGAGGCACGUUUUUUCCUUAAACUGUAUCCAUCUAUUACGGAGUUAUAUCUAUCUUUAAUAGUUUGAAGUACGAAAGUUCAUCGGCUCAAGCUUAUUCGGCAUCUCUAUGAAUGCGGUGAUAGACGCUUUAAUCAAUGUCACCAAAGUCAGUUCAGUUGCCAGUUUUAUAAACGCCUACAAAAUUAACAUGCAAAAGUUUCAUUUCGACUUCAAGUUAGUGACUUUUUUGUAUUUGUAUUAAUUAGUAACAUCGGGCGUUUUUAAAACGACUCCAACGCUUAUUAGGUAAAAAAUUACAAUUGUUUGCUAACUAGUAGAUUUACCAUUCGAUGUAGAUACUUAUAAGAAUGUAUUUUUAGUUUUUUACGAUUUGGCAGCUUGAGCGGUAUUUUUUGUGUCCGUAAUAUUUCAAGUGGUGUGGUGGAAAUUAUCGAUUGGGUUCAAGGAUAUUUGUAUUAUAAACCAUAAAUAGAUAUGUGUAAAGUACCUCAGCAACCUGCAUAUGUGUAAGCAUUCAGUUACCUGCUACAUAGACUGCUAUGGGUUACAUCCAUGAAAAAAUAUUUUGUACAGUUUCUGGGGUACAAUAGAUAGCGGUUUAUUAGAAACAUUUGAAUCUCAAGGAAAGUAGAAUCAAUUGAAAUCUUCCAAAAAAAUCAUGCAUGUAGCUAAUUGGUCUGGUCUGGAAUAUGGACAUUACAUCACAAUGUUUAUUUACAAUAUUUAAUGUACACUAUUAACCCCAUAUUUUUAAAAACGCAGCCUCAUGACAUUUUAAACAUAAUUAAAAAGUUAUGAAGAAUCGCGUUAGCCUACGCUCAGAAAAUGCACUUCUUUGCAAUUUAUGCUCAAAAUAUUGUAUUAAACCGAUAGUAAAAAGACAAAUGUAUGAAACAGCCAAUUUUUUUCGUGAUUUCGUGGUUGGUCCCAUAGUAAAAGUUACUCAGUAAAAAACCCAAAACCUCCCUGGCAACGGGAAUGCAGUUAUUUUUAGCCACCCUGUAUAUUGAUUCAGUUAUAGGGUUAAUGUAUGUAGGGUCAGGUGGGGUAAAUAUAAGACACGGUUAAAAAUAGACAGUUUUUAAAACUCAAAAACUUAUUAUGUUUCGUUCCUAUUUCAUUUAAAAAUAAGUCUACACACAAGGUUUCUUUUUAAAUAGAAUAGGAAUGAAAUAGAAUAAGUUUUUACCCGUGUCAUACAUUUACCUGACUCUACAUCAAAAUUAUGAAUAAUUUUGAAUUAUAGUUGGAAGAUUUUACCUAUAGGCUCUCCAAACAUUUUUACCCGAAGAUCACGGCCAAACCUUCGCUUCCUUUUACGGAUUGUAAAUAACUUGUCUCUCUCUCUCUCUCUCUCUUUGGCCGGAUUCGGCCCGCGGGCGGUACUGCGAAGACCCCUGUUUUACUAUUUAUUGUAGUGAUUAUUCAAUGGCUUAAUAAAUCUAAAAAUGCACAUUUGCUAUUUAAAACCCCUUGCCAUUAAUUUAAGUUCAGACUCAGAUCAACAAAAAAAUAUACUAAAGUAAUAGUAGAUUGUAGUAAUAAUUGAUACUGUAUGUAGAUUAAAAGGAAUGGUGAUUGUAUAUUAGUGUAAAUAUAUAGUGUAAACGUGAGUUCAAUUGGUUAUAUCCUGAUUUGAAUAAUCCAUCCAUCUCGUGUUUAAAUAAGGGUAGGUAGGUAGAAUAGAUUCAUGCUUUUAUCACGUGUGAGAGAGACAGCGAUAUGCACUUAGAUAGUGAUGUCUCGAUCGCACAACGGCAAGCAGCCUGCGUAGAUCGCGUUAGAGACCACAAAUGACACUUCAAACAUGGGGUAUAUAAGACUGACAUUCGAUUGUCCUUUAUGUAGUGUUAGCCCAGAUAAGGGUUUGUAAAAUAAAGAUGGAAAUAUUAAAAACUGGAUUGUGAUAGAGCUAGACCAAGAUAAGUCUGCAGCGAUUUUGAUAGUCCAGACAGUGCAUGUGUUAUUUUAAACGUCAAACUUCUAUGAAAUUAUUUUGAUAGUCCAGACAGUGCAUGUGUUAUUUUAAACGUCAAACUUCUAUGAAAUCAUUUUGAUAGUCCAGACAGUGCAUGUGUUAUUUUAAACGUCAAACUUCUAUGAAAUCAUUUUGAUAGUCCAGACAGUGCAUGUGUUAUUUUAAACGUCAAACUUCUAUGAAUUCAUUUUGAUAGUCCAGACAGUGCAUGUGUUCUUUUAAACGUCAAACUUCUAUGAAAUCAUUUUGAUAGUCCAGACAGUGCAUGUGUUAUUUUAAACUUCAAACUUCUAUGAAAUCAUUUUGAUAGUCCAGACAGUGCAUGUGUUAUUUUAAACGUCAAACUUCUAUGAAAUCAUUUUGAUAGUCCAGACAGUGCAUGUGUUAUUUUAAACGUCAAACUUCUAUGAAAUCAUUUUGAUAGUCCAGACAGUGCAUGUGUUAUUUUAAACGUCAAACUUCUAUGAAAUCAUUUUGAUAGUCCAUACAGUGCAUGUGUUAUUUUAAACGUCAAACUUCUAUGAAAUCAUUUUGAUAGUCCAUACAGUGCAUGUGUUAUUUUAAACGUCAAACUUCUAUGAAAUCAUUUUGAUAGUCCAGACAGUGCAUGUGUUAUUUUAAACGUCAAACUUUUAUGUAAUCAUUUUGAUAGUCCAGACAGUGCAUGUGUUAUUUUAAACGUCAAACUUCUAUGAAAUCAUUUGAUAGUCCAGACAGUGCAUGUGUUAUUUUAAACGUCAAACUUCUAUGAAAUCAUUUUGAUAGUCCAGACAGUGCAUGUGUUAUUUUAAACGUCAAACUUCUAUGAAAUCAUUUUGAUAGUCCAGACAGUGCAUGUGUUAUUUUAAACGUCAAAUUUCUAUGAAAUUAUUAGGAAUUAAACGAACUUACCUGUAAGUGAAGUUAUAUUCUAAUUAUAUCAGCAGUAUCAGCUGCACAAAUUUCGAAAUGAUCUAUAAAAACUUGUAGUAGGUGCCAUCAUGUAGCCUUCAAUCAUGACUAAUUCAGAGUAAAAAAAACAACGAGAAUUCACACUUUUGUAUCAGAUUUCCGAAUGCACAACUUCUGAGUUCCCGCGUGAGACAUUUGUCACCUCAUUGUCGUUUGUCGUGCUGUCGUUGUCGUUAUCUUGGUCUAACUCUAAGUAUUAAUUCCGCCGAAUUUAAGAGUCAUAAUUGUGUUUACAUUACAUUACCUUUUGAAUCCACGAAUGGUUAACUGGUUACAUUAUCAAAGUUACCAUCAAUAUUAACUUGUUUUUUGAUUGUCAAGCGUUGCAAAUUCCAUUGGUGGAUCAAUAGAAAAAAUACGUUUAUUGUCUGGUAUUCUUCGUUCAAAUUCUUAAAAUUCUAAAGUUAGAAUUAGAUAUGGAGUACGGAAGAAAUAAGUACAAAUCCAUACUUGUUUAGUUUGUUUUUCAACAACUUGUCACAGUUUUACGAAGUUGAAACCUUGAGCCUCUGUUAUUUUUAAUUUAAAAAAUAACAAUUAAAGUGUGGUUUUACCGUGAAUCGAUUAUACAAUAUAACGGUCAUUGCGCUAGUUUUCGGCCAGCUCUAGUUUUCGUCCACGUGACGAAAUUUGAAUAUAAAAGUACAUUGCUGCACAAAUUUGGACUUAUUGCAAUCCUUAAUGUCUGAAUAAUAUAUCUAUCUACAUAAAAUGAUAUUUCGCAAGUAGCAAAUUAAAAAUGAAAUAUAUUAUUUGCUAAUCCGCCAAGUGGACGAAAACUAGAGCAUGGGCGGAAACUAGCACAAUGACCCUACGCUACGUAUUGAACGUCACUAAAUUCUAGUCAGCUUUAUGUUAAAUUGUUAAUUAUGUUAACUCUUUAAAAUACAAAUAUAUUAAACAUAUUAAUAACUCAUUAUUUUAAAUACGCGAGUGACCCGUUAUUUAUAUGUUUAAUAUGGCUGUGUCUCACGGAAGUUUUGUUAUUAGAAAUGAGAAAUGUAGUACACAAUGUUUGCCGUUUGGGUAAGGCAGAAUUUAAAUUAACAUAAUAAUUUACGCAUCAAUAAAGCUGAAAUUUAUUUAUGUAAAUUGGUUUGUUAUACCUACAUGAAAAACCUGUACUAUAUAUUCCUUUUUAAAACUGCCAAAACGCCAAAAAACUAAAUACGGCCAAACCAUGGGAUAUAUAGGUGGGAUAUGCACCAACAUUUGGUAAUUGAUUAGUAUUCCUAUUCCUGCUGAAACGAUAUGUAAGAACAGUUUUUUUAAUUAAUUGGUACCUUUCUAUUAUUGAAUGUUACAGCGCGUGGUGGUGUUAUUCUUAAGUAUAUUAAAAAGAUUGCAAUAUGAAAUCCUUUCACUGAAGUUAACUUUAGAAAAUCCAAAAGUCAGUUCAGGUUAGUGUAUUUAAUUGAUAUGAUUUUGACCUCGUAUUGUAUAAGUUAUCAUUAAUAGUAGUUCAUGUGACUGCUACAUAAUGAAAGGCAUUAAAAUACGAAUGUGGUAAUAGGACCACACGAGUGUUUAAAUGCCAAUUAUGUACAGUUACAUACCUACACUAUUUUAUCUACACACAUAUUAUAAACCUUCUAUGAUAUAUUCACUAACGUCAUAUCACAGCCAACAUUGGGGCAUCGUUGCUCUCAUUUUCACAUUUUACACGAAACUUUUACUAUAGUUACUUUCAAAACAACAAAACAAAUGAUUUUUUUACAACUAAUUAAAAGAUAAACUGUACGUCAAAUGGCGGCAAAUGAAAACUUUUUCACGCAUCCGUAGUUUUUUUAAAUUAAGAGACAAACUAGAGUCGGGGUCGAUUGCCAUAUCGUUCGACACCAACUAGCAAGCGAGAUUUGUCGCAAUUGUAUGCAAUUGACAUUUCAUUUCGAAUAAAACGUCAUCUCGAUAUUAGAAUAGGGGUCUAAUCAAAUUGCCCUUUUUUUUCAGAGAUGUUCGAAAUUUGAUUGUCAUUGAAUACCUACUUACGUAAUAGAUUUUGAUAUAAUAAUGAAGCUAUUAAAACAUUUUCACAGAUAAGAAAUUUGCAGUAACGAAACAGUUUAUCUUAAUAUUGGCCAUUAUUUACGGAUUUUGAAGGCAUCAUAUGUAGAGGGUUUAUGAUAUGUGUGUAGAUAAAAAAUAUUAUCUUGCCUGGAGUAGAUCAGAUGUUUGUACGGAUUAUUGGUUGCGUUUUGAUUAUCUUAGUUAUUUGUAACCGUAGUCUCUUCUUCUGUACAGAGUAAUUAAAACGAUGUAUAUAAGUCUCUUUAACCUAUUGUAAUGAUAUCUAUUUAAAUAAUAUGUCAAACGGUAGGUAGGUAUUCAUGAUGUGGAUGCCCAGAAAACAUAAUAAGAACAGAUGUAGGUAACGUAAUUUUAUAAUUGUAUUAUCAAUAAAUUACAUCCGUCAGUCAUUCGUAAAUAUGUAUAAAUGUAUGUAUGCUUAUCUAAAUAAAAUAUGUGUAUGUGUUUCUGAUUGACACUGGUUUGGUAGAAAAGCGUAUGUCAUCUUGGUGUUUUGUAAAAAAAAGUACAAAACAAAUUCUAAAUACAAUUACACCAACGAUAAUUAUGUACAUUUAAUAAUUAUGGAUAUUACAAUUUACAUUAUAGAUUUAAAGUCAAGAUGCAGAUACAUGUAUUUGGUACGAGUUGAAGAUGUAUAAAAAUAAAAUUCUCAGCACACACAUAUAUUCAAGAUCAGAAAACAUUGGGAAAUAUAUUACCUACUAUUAAUAUUAUAUUUCGGUAAAAAUGCAUUUCAUAUUAGUUUAUGCAGUUUUUAGGUCAUAAAGAUACAUAUAUGUAAAUAUUAAUGCACUGCUCUUCUUGUUAUAAUAUUUAUAUAGGCUGAAUAUCAUAUAAUUAUUAUAAUAUAAGUUAGAUAAAUCUAGAUGACAAUAUAUUGUUUUACCAUUUAGUAAUACGACUUUUUACCUAAAUGCUCAACAUUUUAUGAUUGAUAUUUAUUGUAAUCAUGUUUAAUUUAUACAUCGUUUUAUUUUUUGUGUUUGGUAGAAUUUAUUUUAGAAGGUUGUUUAAGGGUUGCAAUGUAGUGGAAGGUGUAUUAUAAUUAGUAAUGUUCCUCAGAUUUUGUUAUCACAUUAUUGUUGAAAUUAUAUAUUUUGAAAAUAAAAGUUGACAUGACAAAUAAUUUA